AUGGAGGUUGCAUAUCGCACUCGAUUAACAACAACUUUGGAUGUUACACGCUUUCUUUUGAAACAAGGUUUGCCUUUCCGUGGACAUGACGAGUCAUUGAGUUCCUCAAAUAAAGGUAACUUUCUUGAAUUGAUUGAGUGGUAUACCCAAAAAAAUGACGAGGUUGCUAAGACAAUGAAUAAAAAUGCCCCUGGAAACAAUCAAAUGAAAUCUCCAACAGUUCAAAAGGAUUUAACACGGGCUUGUGCUGCUGAAGUCACAAAUUUCAUUCUUAAUGAUAUAAAAGACAAUAUAUUUUCUCUUAUGGUUGAUGAGUGUCGAGACAUUUCAGUCAAAGAGCAAAUGGGAGUUGUUUUAAGAUACGUGAACAAACAUGGAUGUGUUAUUGAAAGAUUUAUUGCUAUUGUACAUGUGUCUGAUACUUCUGCUAUUUCUUUGAAGAAGGCUAUUGAUGAAUUGUUUGCAAAACAUAAGUUGCUAUUAUCAAGAUUGAGAGAUCAAGGAUACGACAGAGCUUCAAAUAUGCGAGGUGAGUAUAAUGGAUUGAAGGCUCUCAUAUUGAAGGAAAAUUCAUAUGCAAGGUAUGCCCAUUGUUUUGCUCACCAACUUCAACUAGUUGUUGUUGCAGUUGCUAAAAGCAAUCGAAUUGUGAGUGAUUUCUUCCAAUAUGUUACUAUGAUUGUGAAUAUUACUGGUGCUUCAUGCAAAAUAAAAGAUAAGUUUAGACAACUUGAACAUGAUAAACUUGUAGAAUGUUUGGAGAAAGGAGAUAUUGUUAGUGGUAAAGAAAAAAAUCAGGAAAUCAGUUUAAAACGACCAGGGGAUACUCGUUGGGGUUCACAUUACAUGACUAUUAUCUGUUUGAUGUCUAUGUGGACUUCUGUUUUACAAGUGCUUGAAAAUGUGUAUGAUGAUGUCACUAAUAAUGAUAAUAAUGGUAUCGUCGCCAGUUUGAUUGAUAAGAUGGAGAGUUAUGAAUUUGUGUUUGUGAUGCAUUUGAUGAAAUCUUUAUUAGGAAUCACAAAUGAAUUGUCGCUUGCCUUACAACAAAAGGAUCAAAACAUUGUACUGGCUAUCAGUUUGAUCAAGACAAUGAAAGUUCGAUUACAAAAAUUGAGAGAGGAAGGAUGGGAGAAUCUUUUGGAUGUCGUCAACAAAUUUUGUAGUAACCAUAUGGUCCCAAUACCGAAUAUGGACUAA